UGUUUCAGAGUGCAAUAAAGAAUGGAGCUAAUAAGAAGAAUCCAAUUGUAAAUCAAAAUGGCCGUCGCCAGCGCGGUCCUAUUACUUUUAGCAUCCACAGUGCAAGCGUGGAUGCCCGAUGCCAAUGCUCGGAUACAUGUUAAAUAUGGCGAUGAAACUUCAGAACAGUUCGUGGGCAACACUACGGGACCAAACCACUUUCGUAUUUUAGAUAAAGAUGAUUUUUCAAUUUUAGUUGGAGGAAGGAGUAUGGUCUACAACCUCAGCUUAUAUGACCUAUCCGAAAAUACUGAGCAGCGUUUAGAAUGGCAAUCGACCGACGCACACAGGGAACUUUGUCAAUUAAAAGGCAAAUCUGCGGAUGAAUGUCAAAACUAUCUACGGGUAGCCGCGCGAGCACACGGUCGGCUUUUAGUGUGUGGAACCAAUGCUUUCAAGCCGAUGUGUCGUCGGUAUGCCCGCCAUCCACCUAAUCACCACCUUGAAGAGUUCGAUGGUACCGGGCGAUGUCCCUACAGCCCGCAACACAAUUCCACUGCUAUUUUCACAGAUGGGCAUCUCUACACGGCUACGGCAGCCGAUUUUUCGGGCACAGAUCCAUUAAUAUACAGAGAACCAGUAAGGACAGAACAUUCCGAUUUACGAUUACUGAAUGAUCCUUCUUUCGUUAGCGCAGUGGCAUCAACCAGCCACGUCUACUUCUUUUACCGCGAGACCGCUGUAGAAUAUAUGAACUGUGGAAAAGCUGUUUACUCGAGAGUAGCCAGAGUUUGUCUAAAUGACAAGGGUGGGCCACAUACUUUUAGCGACCGAUGGACAUCAUUUCUCAAAACCCGACUAAAUUGUUCAAUUCCUGGAGAAUAUCCGUUUUAUUUUGACGAAAUUCAGGCAACCACUGAAAUAAUUAAUGGCAUAUAUGGAAGUGGUGGUAGUAGGAAUGAUAUAGUCUAUGCAGUUUUUACUACGCCUCAAAAUGCCAUUGGAGGCUCAGCUGUUUGUGCAUUUGCAAUGAGGGAUAUUCUAGACGCGUUCGAGGGCUCGUUUAAAGGUCAAGAAAGCAUGAACUCUAAUUGGUUGCAAUUGGAAAAAGAAAAGGUGCCACAUCCCCAACCGGGAUCAUGCGUAGAAGACAGUCGGACUUUAUCUGACUCGGCUGUUAAUUUUAUUAAAACACACCCACUUAUGGACAAGGCAGUUCCAUCUUUCUUAGCACGUCCAAUCCUUAUAAGAGUUAGCCUCCAAUACAGAUUCUCAGCUAUUGCGAUACAUCCACAAGUUCAAUCAAUGAAUGGAAAUAAGUAUGACGUUAUGUAUGUUGGCACCGAUGACGGAAGAGUGAUAAAAGCUGUGAACGUUGCGUCCAACGAAGGCGUAUUUGAUGCAAGUGUAGACGAAUACAGUAGAAAUCCAGUGAGGACUGCUGUAAUAUCUGAAGUACAAGUUUUGCCUCAAGGGGUGCCUAUAAGACAAAUGCAUGUCGCACUUACAACUGAAAAACUUAUUGUGUCAUCUGGAGAUAUCAUACGAGCCGUAACUUUAUCUCACUGCGCCAAUGUGCAAUCAUGCAGGGAAUGCGUAGCAUUACAAGACCCUCAUUGUGCGUGGGACUCAAAACAGCAGCAAUGUUCUUGGGUGGGAAAUAGGCAGUUUCCGAAUCCAGAAAGAUUUUUACAAAACGUCGAGUAUGGAAAGACUGAUAUUUGUAAUAAACUUCCUGCUCUUUUGCCAAACGAUAGGCAUACCAACAGAAAUCCAGCGACAAAGAAACCAACACAAUCUGAGCCGAAUCUACGACAAAAGACUGAUGACAUUCAAAAUGAAAUUUUAAUCGAUGUAAUCGAAACUAACGUCUUAUCUGAAGAAAAACAUAUGAAUGAUAAUAAACACGAAACAGGUACAUACUCCACUUAAUACAAUAUACAAUAU